UCCGCCGCCGCAGCGCCUCCGCUCCGCCAGCUCCGCCGGCUCCGAUUGGACUCUCCGAUCCGCGAGGGCGCGGCGCGGCCGGGCAGCGGCUAGCUCAGCCUCGGCAGCCCCCGGGCCACUGUCUCCCACUUAGCCACAGCUCCAGCAUCCUCUCUGUGGGCUGUUCACCAACUGUACAACCACCAUUUCACUGUGGACACUACUCCCUCUUACAGAUAUGGGAGACAUGGGCGAUCCACCAAAAAAAAAACGCCUGAUUUCCCUAUGUGUUGGUUGCGGCAAUCAAAUUCACGAUCAGUAUAUUCUGAGGGUUUCUCCGGAUUUGGAAUGGCAUGCAGCAUGUUUGAAAUGUGCAGAGUGUAAUCAGUACUUGGACGAGAGCUGUACGUGCUUUGUUAGAGAUGGGAAAACCUACUGUAAAAGAGAUUAUAUCAGGUUGUACGGGAUCAAAUGCGCCAAGUGCAGCAUCGGCUUCAGCAAGAACGACUUCGUGAUGCGCGCCCGCUCCAAGGUGUACCACAUCGAGUGUUUCCGCUGCGUGGCCUGCAGCCGCCAGCUCAUCCCGGGGGACGAGUUCGCGCUGCGGGAGGACGGGCUCUUUUGCCGCGCCGACCACGACGUGGUGGAGCGGGCCAGCCUGGGCGCCGGCGACCCGCUCAGCCCCCUGCACCCGGCACGGCCGCUGCAAAUGGCAGCCGAGCCCAUCUCCGCGCGGCAGCCGGCCCUGCGGCCCCACGUCCACAAGCAGCCCGAGAAGACCACCCGCGUGCGGACUGUGCUGAACGAGAAGCAGCUGCACACCCUGCGGACCUGCUACGCCGCCAACCCCCGGCCUGACGCCCUCAUGAAGGAGCAGCUCGUGGAGAUGACGGGCCUCAGCCCCCGCGUGAUCCGGGUCUGGUUUCAAAACAAGCGGUGCAAGGACAAGAAGCGGAGCAUCAUGAUGAAGCAGCUCCAGCAGCAGCAGCCCAAUGACAAAACUAAUAUCCAGGGGAUGACAGGAACGCCCAUGGUGGCUGCCAGUCCCGAGAGACACGACGGUGGCUUACAGGCAAACCCAGUGGAGGUGCAAAGUUACCAGCCACCUUGGAAAGUACUGAGUGACUUCGCCUUGCAGAGUGACAUAGAUCAGCCUGCUUUUCAGCAACUGGUCAAUUUUUCCGAAGGAGGACCGGGCUCUAAUUCCACCGGCAGCGAAGUGGCCUCCAUGUCCUCUCAGCUCCCUGACACGCCCAACAGUAUGGUGGCCAGUCCCAUUGAGGCGUGAGGAACGGUCAUGCAGACGCGUUUUUCCCCCACGGUUGGAGACGGUGGGAAAGUAUAACGUUGAACUCGGAAACAAAAGUAUUUAACGGCCCAGUCAAUGAAAACUGAAUUGAGAAAUGAAUGCUCCAUGAAAUGCACGAAGUCUGUUUUAAUGACAAGGUAAUAUGGUAGCAACACUGUGAAGACAAUCAUGGGAUUUUACUAGAAUUAAAACAAACAACCAACAGACCCCAAACCCAACAUACGCUAUCCAAUGACCUUAGGAGUACUGAAGGAGGAAAUAA